AUGGAUUCACAACAGCAGCAGCAGCAGGCCAAUGUUGCUCCCGCGCAACCACAGCAAGCCUACCAUCCCGUCACAAACGACAGCGUCCAGCCCGUUCAGCAGCCGAAUACCGGGCACGCUCUGCCUCCAAGCUACAGUCAGGCAAACCAGGCAAAAAAUGCGCCCGCGAACCAGCCGCCCCAGCCAGCAAACAUGGCCGUCACUCCUUUACACCAGCUGGGCAACCAGCCGGAGUGGAUUGAUUGUCCUUUCUGUCAUCAGCGAACGAGGACUACCGUGCAGCGAGAAGGCACUUCUAUGCAAAUAAUUGUCGGUGCCCUCCUCUGUAUCGUCUGUAUUUGCCUCACUUGCCUGCCCUGCCUCGCCGGCUGGUUCGAAGAUACCCAGUACCAUUGCUCCCGGUGCAGGAACAUGGUUGCCAUCCGCCGACACGAUGGCCCAAUCGAGGUUUUCGGUCCCACGAUGCCCGUCUGCUCCCAGUACAGCGGCAACCAGGCUCCCAUGAAUGCCCAGCAGCAGCAGCCUCCACAACAGCACCAGGAGCAGUAUCCCAUGCAUGUGCUUCAGCCACAGGUUCAGCAGCAACAGCAGCCUGUCACGCAGCCUGACGCCAAGAACUGA